AUGGACUCUCUUGUAAACUCUCUUCAUGCCCGCCAUAUUCAGAACAUGAGCGAAGCCGAAACUCUCGAGCACCACUGGGGCUACGCGGACCGAGCGCUUCCAUGCGCGAGAGACGUCAAGAUUUGCGAAUACCUUGAUCUUGUCUACUCCGGCCACGACAAUAGCAUGUUAUUCGUCGGUAUCUUCUGGGCUAUGGCUACUGGUAUUCUCCUGCUGUGGGCCUUUGCUCGUAAUGUCUGGGUGUCUCCGAAAGCAGAUGAAUUCCUGGUUGUGGACAACGACAAGCUUGCUUUCUCGACAAGGAAUCGAAGCUCGAGGUUAAAGAAGACUGCAGCGGCCUUUUUCCGUCUUUACUACAGGAAAUGGGUCGUCGCUGUACCAGAUAUGCCCGGCGUGUACACCGUUAGAACAACACUUGGUCCCUGGUCGAAUCGCGUCGGUGUUCUCGCAUAUGCACUUACGCCCUUGAGCAUAAUGCUUGCCAGCCGAGAAUCAAUUUUGAGUCUUUUAACCGGCGUUCCAUAUCAGAGCUUCAACUUUCUGCACCGGUGGCUUGGGUACAUCAUCUUGGUCCAGGCGCUACUUCACACAAUCGGCUGGAUCGUCAUUGAAACAAAGCUUUAUGCACCUCAGCCAAAGUCUGCACUGCAACUUGUCACUGAGACGUAUAUGAUCUGGGGUAUCGUUGCGACACUGCUUAUCCUCCUGAUCUUCAUCUUGAGUUUGCCUUUUGUGAUUCGUCAAACAGGAUAUGAGUUCUUCCGAAAAGCUCAUUAUGUACUAGCGAUGGUGUAUAUCGGUGCUUGCUAUGCUCACUGGGACAAACUCUCUUGCUUUCUUUACUCAUCGCUCAUUCUCUGGGCUCUUGACCGUGCGUUGCGGCUUAUCAGAAGCGCUUUGAUUCAUUACCAGUUUAUUUCUGACGGCUCAAUGGGUUUCAAGCACAUCCAUUCCAGCAUGAAGUACUUCCCCGAUGCUAAGAACGGCGAUGUCUUGAGACUAGACUUUGAACACCCUCAGGAUCCUUGGAACAUCGGUGAAUAUUUUUACCUAUGUUUCGCUAAAUGCAGCAUUUGGCAAUCUCAUCCGUUUACACCUUUGAGUCUGCCAGUGGUGAUGGAUGGAAUGGUCAGACACUCAUACAUCCUACGUGCCAAGUCGGGAGAGACGAGGAAACUUGCUGAACUGGUUCGUCGAGAAUUGGCUACAAAUACUACAGCGACGACUCCUCUUAUCCUUUCAGGGCCUUAUGGAGAGCCGAUUGCAAGAGACUUGACUCCAGAAGUCAACGUGCUCUGUGUCGCAGGUGGUACAGGGAUCACCUACGUUCUACCAGUCUUGCUGAACAUCCUAUGUGAAUCAGUACUUGAGACACGGAAGGUUCAGUUAAUUUGGGCCGUCAGAAAAGAAUCCGAUAUGCAGUGGGUGCAAGACGAGCUCCAGGCUAUUUGCAAAGCUAGUAAAACCCACGGUAUGCAAGUCCUCAUUUACGUCACACGCGAAUCAGAACCCUCAACAGCUUCAGAGAAUGAGAGGGAAAUCCCCAGCGGGACAAAGCUAGAAAAGGAAGAUAUUCCGCCGGUAUCGAUGUCCCUCAACUCUGAUGACAUUGCCGACAUACAGGGCUGCAACAGUAUCACCAAGAUCUACAACCGCCAGCCAGAAUUGAGAAGGCUGGUUCCUUCGUUCGUCGACAAUACUAUCAGGGGCCCAACUAAAGUCAUUGCAAGUGGCCCAGGGAGUAUGGUCAGUGACCUAAGAUCCGCCGUGGCUGCUUGCAACUCUGGAGCGCAUGUCUGGAGAGGGAAUGAGAGAUUUGAUGUUUCUUUGGCGUGUGAUAAUAGAUUAGAAUAUUAG